UUUUUUUUUAUUAUUAUUAUUCAAGUCUUUUUCUUUUAUUAUUUUAUUUUUCUUUUAUUAUUAUUAUUUUUUUUUUUAUACAAGAUGACAAAAAGAAAAUCAGAUAUUAAUGAAGCUUGUCAACUUGUGGCAAAAAACUUUCAAACUUUAUCCAACCUUCUUCAGUCAUGUGAAUUUUUGGAACUGGACAGCAAAAUCGAUACCAAAAGACCGCGUACAGUCAAGGAAAAAAAAAUCAAGGAUCCAAAUGCUCCUCAUCGUAAUGUGAGUAAUUAUAUUCACUUUAGUAAUGAAGUACGAGAAAGUAUUGUCAAGAAAAAACCAAAUAUUUCACCUCGUGAUAUUGCUCGUCAAAUUGGAGAAAUGUGGAACAAGUUGUCUGAUAAACAAAAAGCAAAGUAUACAAAAAUGGCACUUGAUGACAAGGAACGAUUCAAACGAGAAAUGGAAGCAUAUGAAGCAAAAAAGUCAAGCAAGCUCCCUACAACUGUAACAACUGCUAAAAAUGAAGAUAGCGAUAAAGGCACUAGCAACAAUACUGAUGAUGAUGAGAGUAGCGACAGUGAUAGCAGUGAUACUAGCGACAGUAGCGACAAUGACAAUAGCAGCAGUGGUGACGACAACAAAAUGACCGGCAAGAAUAAUGACAACGAGAGUAGUGAUAGUGAAAGUGUAUCUUCAUCUAGUAGCGAAAGUGAUUCAUCAUCUAGUGAUGAUGAUUCUGACGAAUAAUAAAUAAAAAAAAUAUAGUGUUUAUGCUCCUAUUUUUUUAUUUUA